AGUCUCGUCGAGUCGCCGUCACCGCCGGGCUCCGUCCCGUUUCCUCCGCCUCCUCCUUCUCCUCCUCCUCCGACUCUCCAUCGACGCGGCCGUUAUGGAUCUCUCCUCUUCCAAACCAUUGAAAUCUCUUCGUCCAAUCACCCCUCCUCCUCCUCCUCCUCCUCCUCGUCGUCGUCGUCCUCGUCCUUCUCUAUCGAUCUCCUUCUCGCUUCUGCUGCUCUUGAUCGCGGCGAUCGCUGCCGAUGCGGCUUCUUCUCCCGGAUCAUUUCGCAAGAGCGGCAGCCCUUCGGUGUUUUCGCUGUUUAAUCUCAAGGCGAAGAGUAAAUUCUGGAGUGAAUCCGUCAUUCGGAAAGGCGAUUUCGAUGACUUGGAAGGAUCAGUAUCUUCGGACUCUGGCAGAAUGGCGGUGUUCAACUACACCAAGGCAGGUAAUGUUGCGAAUUAUAUGAAGCUUUCAGAGGUUGAUUCCAUAUACCUUCCUGUCCCAGUGAACUUCAUCUUCAUAGGAUUUGAAGGAAAAGGGAAUCAUGACUUUAAACUGGGUCCUGAAGAACUUGAGCGGUGGUUUAGUAAGAUUGAUCACAUCUUUGAACAUACACGGAUUCCUCCCGUUGGAGAGGUUCUUACCCCAUUUUAUAAAACCAGCAUUGAGAAAGUCCAACGGCAUCAUCUUCCUCUAGUCAGCCACAUAAACUACAACUUUUCUGUACAUGCUAUACAGAUGCGAGAAAAAGUUACUUCUGUUUUCGAGUAUGCUAUAAAAGCUUUGUCACGUAAAGAGGAUUUGUCAAUAUCCAGCAGUGAAAAUGAAGAACUCCUUUGGCAAGUAGACAUUGACCGGAUGGAAUAUGUUGUCUCAACUCUUGUUGACUACCUACAAAUUGAGAAUGCGUACAACAUUUUCGUUUUGAAUCCCAAGCUUAAGGAUAAGAAGUUUCGUUAUGGUUAUCGGAGAGGUUUGUCUGAGUCAGAGAUCACCUUACUCAAGGAGAAUAAGACUCUGCAAGCCAAAAUACUUGAAUCAACAAGGGACAAUAAGAUCUUCCUUGAUAUUGAUAAGGGUAAGAACUCAAGGCCUGUAUAUGGACACCGCCCAACAUCAACUUUUGCAUGGACAGCAACUGAAGAUAUUGAUACUAUAGAAUGGUCAAAAAAUUGUAUAGAAGCCUUGGCUACUGUUGAGAAAUUAAAUGAAGGAAAGGACAAUCUUGAAGUCGUCUAUAGUAAAGCUGUUCAGAUGUUGCAUGGGAAAAAGGAUGAUAUAAACAUUCAAUUUGAAAAAGAGCUUAAAUCUGGCGAUGUAAAAGGUCUCCACUCGGAGUGUCUCACAGAUACCUGGAUUGGGAGAGAUAGGUGGGCUUUCGUAGAUUUGAGUGCAGGACCAUUUUCUUGGGGUCCAGCUGUUGGUGGUGAAGGUGUUCGAACUGAUCUUAGUUUACCAAAUGUUGGGAAGACAAUUGGUGCAGUCGCUGAAAUAACAGAAGAUGAAGCUGAAGACAAAUUGCAGGAUGUAAUCAGGGAAAGGUUCUCAUCAUUUGGCGAGGAUCAUCAAGCCAUUGAUAUUCUUUCAGCAGAAAUUGAUAUCUAUGAACUUUUUGCAUUCAAACAUUGCAAGGGAAGAAGGGUUAAGCUUGCUCUCUGUGAAGAACUGGAUGAGAGGAUGCAUGAUUUGAAGAGUGAACUUGAGGGCUACAAUAGUGGGGAAUAUGAUGAAAGUCAUAAGAAAAAAGCUCUUGAUGCUUUAAAACGAAUGGAGAACUGGAAUUUAUUCAGUGAUACUUCUGAGGAACAUGAGAGCUACACGGUUGCUCGCGAUUCAUUUCUUGCUCACCUUGGGUCGGUUUUGUGGGGUUCUAUGAGGCAUAUUAUUGCUCCCUCUGUUUCUGAUGGAGCAUACCAUUACUAUGAGAAGAUAUCAUUUCAGCUGUAUUUCAUCACGCAAGAGGUCCGGAACAUCAAACAAUUACCUGUAGACCUAAAGUCGCUGACAGAUGGCCUUACUUCCUUGCUGGUGCCUUCUCAAAAGGUCAUGUUUAGCCACCACCUGCUAUCACUUGAGGAGGAUCCUGCAUUGACAAUGGCCUUCUCAGUGUCACGUCGCGCUGCUGCUGUCCCACUUUUGCUAGUCAACGGAACUUAUCGGUCAACUGUUCGUGCCUACCUGGAUUCCUCCUUUCUUCAACAUCAAUUGCAGAGACUGAGUGAUCAUGGUUCACUUAAAGGAGAACACUCAAAUAGCAGGUCAACAUUGGAAGUUCCUAUAUUCUGGUUUAUACACCGAGAUCCACUGUUGAUAGACAAACAUUAUCAAGCAAAGGCGCUUUCUGACAUGGUUAUUGUUGUUCAGUCUGAGGAAUCAUCUUGGGAAAGCCACUUGCAGUGCAAUGGGAGAUCACUUCUAUGGGACUUGAGGAAGCCAAUAAAAGCUGCCAUUGCUGCUACUGCUGAACAUCUAGCUGGUUUACUUCCUCUUCACCUGGUUUAUAGCCAAGCUCAUGAAACUGCAAUUGAGGAUUGGACUUGGUCUGUAGGCUGCAAUCCAUUGUCUAUCACUUCUCAAGGUUGGCAAAUUUCGAAAUUUCAGACAGAUGCGAUUGCUCGGAGCUAUAUUCUUACUACAAUGGAGGAGUCUAUACAAGCAGUUAAUGAAGCAAUUCAUCGGCUGAUUAUGGAACGAACAACUGCACAAGCUUUUAAGCUAUUCAAGAGUCAGGAGCGUCUGAUGGUUGAAAAGUACAAUUCAGUUAUUAGCUUGUGGAGAAGAAUCUCAACAAUAUCUGGUGGGCUGCGUUAUAGUGAAGCAGUAAAGCUUCUGUCUUUGCUCGAGGAUGCUUCCCAAGGAUUUGCAAGUGCUGUGAAUUCCACGAUUUCGUCAUUGCAUCCAAUCCAUUGCACCCGUGAAAGGAAAGUCGAUGUUGAGCUUGACUUGACCACAAUCCCCGCCUUUCUUGUGGUCUUUGCGGUACUUUGGUUCGUCCUCAGACCAAGGCGACCCAAGCCCAAAAUCAAUUGACGGGGGCCGGCUCUUUAACACUAAACCGAGGCAAAGAUUAUAUUGCUGCAUCGCGAGGAAAAUGACAAAAAUGAGGCUCAUGCAUGACAGAAUUUUUCGUUUCCUCAUAGCGCACACUUCAUUUCUUAUAGCAGUGUAAUAGCGUCGAAUACAACAAUGAUUGUUGUGGGGAUGAUGAAGAGAUGGUCCUAUAGCUUUACGGAUACUGCUACAGCUACAGUUUGGCAAAUUGCCGAGAGUUUCCCCUUGUAAUUUAGUUUUCAAGAGUUACCCUAUAUGAUACUAUAAUGUUUUUUUUUGUCUCCCCUUGCAAUGGAUAAAGCUGACGUGAAUAAGACUGGAAUGAGAGUUGAUUAUCGCGAAAGCAGUUUCAUCUACUAUUUA